AUGUCUAACCUCCCAUACGCUGCGGAUGCGGAAAGUCCGCUGAAGCCCGCCGAGCUGCAGGUGCUUCGGGCACAGUACGAGAAGGAGGGCGACUAUGUCGGCAUCCAAACGAAAUUUAACUAUGCAUGGGGUCUGAUCAAGUCGAAUGUCCGGUCCGACCAGCAAGAAGGUGUCCGCCUGUUGUCCGAGAUCUUCCGUGGGGCCCCAGAGCGCCGACGAGAGUGCCUAUACUACCUCGCCUUGGGUAACUACAAGCUGGGCAACUAUGGCGAGGCCCGCCGAUACAACGACCUGCUGCUGGAGAAGGAGCCGGCCAACCUGCAAGCGGCCAGUCUAGGCUCCCUCAUUGACGAUAAGGUGGCCAAGGAAGGCUUGAUGGGCAUUGCGAUCGUGGGUGGCUUUGCCGUGGUCGCGGGCGUGGUGGGCAGUCUGAUUGUCAAGGGAGCUAGAAGACGGUGA